GAUUUUAUUGUCGUUUUCCAUUUGGUUAAGUAAAAAUCCCUUUUUCACCAAUUUCCGAACAUUUUCAAAAUUUAACUGCGCGGCUAUUGUCCAUUUGGCUAAAGGUUCAUUUCGGUGUCCAGGUGUUUGGAAAUAGUGAUCAGGGCUAGGGCCAAUGAUGAAGCCCAGCUGCGUCCGCGUGGUGAUGAGAUGCAGUGGAGCCCGCUCCAUCCUCGAGAGCAAUAUCCUGUGCAGGAUCAUAGGCCGCCACAAGUGUAGCUGCCUGACCCUGGAGAACACGUUCAAGUGCUACGACCUGGAGAAUGGGCCCACCAUGGACGUGGAGCUGUCCAGGGAUGACGCCCUGGCGAUGUACACGCAGAUGCUGGAGCUGCGCCGCUUCGAGACGGUGGCGGGCAACUACUACAAGGAGCGCAAAAUCCGUGGGUUCUGUCACUUGUACAACGGUCAGGAGGCAGUGGCCGUGGGCAUGAAGCAGCGUUUAAGGUCCUGCGACUCGGUCAUAACGGCAUACCGUUGUCACGCCUGGACCUAUUUGAUGGGGGUGUCCAUGCACGAAAUUAUGGCGGAAUUGUUCGGCGUCCGGAGCGGUUGCAGCCGUGGCAAAGGAGGCUCCAUGCACAUGUACAGCGAUAGGUUCUAUGGCGGCAACGGUAUCGUUGGCGCUCAAGUGCCGCUCGGUGCUGGGAUUGCGCUGGCCCACAGGUAUCGCAAGGACAACGGCGUGGCGGUGGUGCUGUAUGGCGAUGGUGCCGCCAAUCAGGGCCAGGUCUUCGAGUCCUACAACAUGGCCAAGCUGUGGUGCCUGCCCUGCAUUUUCGUCUGCGAGAACAAUCACUACGGCAUGGGCACCCAUGUGAGGCGCGCCUCUGCCAUGACCGAGUUCUACAUGCGUGGCCAGUAUAUCCCCGGUCUUUGGGUGGAUGGCAAUCAGGUGCUGGCCGUGCGCAGCGCCACCCAGUUCGCCGUGGACCAUGCCCUCAAUCACGGACCCAUUGUGCUCGAGAUGAGCACCUAUCGCUAUGUGGGGCACUCCAUGUCCGAUCCGGGCACCUCGUAUCGCUCGCGGGACGAAGUUCAAGCGGCGAGGGAGAAAGGCGAUCCGAUCACCAGUUUUCGCAGCCAGAUCAUCGCAUUGUGUCUCGCCGACGAGGAGGAGCUGAAGGUGCUAGAGGAUAAGACGAAGAAGCAGGUCGAUGGCAUCUGCAAGAAGGCGACCACCGACAAGGAGGUGGAGCUGCACGAGCUGCACACCGAUAUCUAUGCGAAGAAUGUGGAUGGCAAGAUCCGGGGCGUGUCCGGAUUCCAUUUGGAUCACAUCAAGCUGGCGGAAGUGUGCUUUGGCAAGCCGCGGAAGACGCCGGCCUGCGAGAUCAACGAUGUGCCAGUGGGCGCCGCGAUCGACGUGGCCAAGGCCAAGGAGCGCAAGGCCGAGCAGGAUGCCAAGAAGGCCCAAAAGGCCAAGGAGGACGCCAAGGGUAAAGGUAAAGGCGACCCGAAGGGCGCUGACUCCAAGCCGCCCAAGGCAGAAGAUGGCGAUAAGAAGGCCAAGUCAUCUGCACCUGCACCACCAGCAGCUAAAACACCACCAGCCACUAAGGAGCCACCUGCCCCCAAAAAGUAGGAUGCCCCCGCGCCAGGAAUGUGGGGCAACAUUGCAGCUUUUCACCAAGCUGAAAGUUUCGCAAGAGUGCUUUAGCUGAUUUCUGAACCCAAAAGACGCAAGCAAAUGUAUGUAAACUACAGUAUGAAUCUGUUUCAAGCUGGCAAAAGCCAACGAAAUAUAUUUAUUAUAUUAGAUAAGCACUUUUAAAACGUAA